GAAAACACGCAGAAGUGUGUUUACAUGAAGCUUUGUGUUGUAUUUGUACCCACGUGGAGGGAGUAUGUCCCUUCUCUAUCAUUAGACAAGGAUGAUAACAGGUUUUUAACUUCCUUUCGUUCAAUUUAACGAACAAAUUUAAUCGAUUACGUGUUGACAGAAAUCAUGAACGAAGGAGACGAUCCGGGGCUCCUGGCUGUCUUUUAUGGACGAGAAGGUGAACAAGUCCCGGAGUUGUGGUUGGAUAAAUUCGAGACUUAUGCCUGUCUAGAGAAGUGGCGCGAUAAUGAGACAGUUUUGCAGUUUCGACAGCGUUUGUCGGGGAGAGCUGCUUUGUGGUAUCGGUCUCUAGGCACUUCACACAGUGAAACAUUUGAAACAUUGAAACACGCAUUUCGAUGCCAUUUCUUCAGAGCUGAGAUAGAUCCGUAUCGGUUACGGUUAGACCUUGAAGCGAGGCAACAGGAACCGGAUGAAUCAGUUGAAAAUUAUGUUCAUCACAAAAUGGUAUUUUUGUAUCAGUCCAACAAGCUUGACCCGGAAUCCUCGGAAGCUAUAGAUCUUAUAUUUAAUGGAUUUCACCCCGGGCUUCGGGAACGAUUGUGCCGGGAUAAUAUAAACACGUUACAAGAGUUGCAACUCUGUGCAAGGAAGACAUAUGCUGAGCUUUUCAAACCUUGCGGCAAGGUUGUCACAAGGAGAAAUCACAGGACAAAUUCUUUUGAAGGAGACAUCACCGUGACUGGUGUGACGGGCGGCAACAUGCACACCGCUAACACCGCCGGAAGUGUCCGGGGUGGGAUGGGAAACACCAACGUCAUCUAUAUGUACGUCUACCAAGUGAUGUCUGAAGAUUUGGCAAAACUACUCUGUUCUUGUGUUGGAGGAGUAAGGAAAGAUACCGGAACGGAUGAAGAAACUGAUGAACCAGCAAAUAGAAAAUCUACCUGCACCAUUGACUCGGAAGGAAAGGAGCGGCUUGUGGAUGCUCUGCUAGAGUCUCUUAGUGACGGAACCGCCAACAUCGUGGUCCGCAAAGAUGCUUACAAUGACCAAAGUGAUCAACACCACGGCGCUGACUUAAAAGACGGUUUCACAAAUGAAUCACUCAAUACCAUAGUUCGCUUUGCACUUGACACAAGUCAUGUUGAGGAUGACCAACACCACAUCUGUGAUGACAAAGGUUCAUCUGACAAGUUCAAGGCCGAUGUGAACCGAUGUUUUAAGGACAUCCAUAUGUCGAGCAGCAAGGAAGAUGAAGAGAAUAAUGCCCCCACUGAUACAACAUCUCAUACAGAUAGAAAAUCGGAUGCGAGAAGCAGGACGGAUCCACGAUGGGUGCCCGACUCUCAGGCUCCUCUUUGCAUGCUGUGCAAGGUCAAAUUUACUUUGUUCAAUAGAAAACACCACUGUCGAAAAUGCGGUAUCGUGGUGUGCAAGACGUGUUUCACCAAAGAAGAUUCGGAGAUGGUAUGCAAGACUUGCUGCACGAAACAGUCCUGUGACAACUGAAGACUAUGGCAGACAGCUCUCGACUUAACUCUCACGGAUGUCACAAGUGACAUGACAAGACAUUGUGUCGCGUGCCAACGUUCGUCAUUACAAGGGUUUUCGACCCGCGUUUCCUGAUGGCCAUGACAUUCAAUGGCAGCCAAUAGAAAAUUGAAAAAUGUCCCCAGGGGAAUGUCGGGGGUGUUCCAGAGAUGAUGUGUCGUUAACACAAGGAGUAGACACUAAAGUGGGAACUGCUAGACAGAAAUAUUUUCAUUAUGAUCAAGAACCCUGGUUUUGCUCAGUUGUUUUUUAACUCCUUUUUCAAAUCACAACCAAACGGUUGAUUUGUUUAUUUAUUUAUUUAUUAUUAUUAUUAUUAUUAUUAUUAUUAUUAUUAUUAUUAUUAUAAUAUUCCGUUACAAUUCAGAAUUGUUUAGGACUAAGGACAUGAUUUAUAUGUAUUGAUAUAAGCUAUGUAUAAAAAAAGGUAACAUUGUCUCACAUAUAAUAAAGAUAUAUUUUUCUGAAAUUA